GUUUAUACAAUUUAGUUUUUAAGCCGGUUGCCUGUGAGCGGGGCAUGUUAGCGAAUUUUAGCACUGAGGCUUAGCUGGCUCUAGAGCCUUUUUGUGUGGAAGGAAUCGAAUACGGAACUUCGGGUGGACGGUGGCACCCGUCAAAACUACCCGUGCCAUGGCGCCGGGAAUUUUAUUUUUUAUUUUGGCGUCGCUAGCGUUUACACAUGCCAGCGAAGAUGUACCAAAGAAUAACCCAAAAGAUAUUAUAAAUGACGAAGUUCGUGCAGCCAGGGACUACAACGGAAAUGACAAUGAAUUAGUGGUUGACAUCGAAGACGAUGAGAAGAAACAGUAUUACGAAACUAAUUACGAUACAAGUGCGUAUGGAUUUGGAUACGACGUCGGCCCUAAUGGUCAGUUUCACCACGAAAACCGUGGACCAGAUGGUGUCACCUACGGUUGCUAUGGUUACGUAGACCCGGACGGCUACCUUCGAGCCACACACUAUGUAGCUGAUAGUCACGGGUACAGAGUAGUAGAGCCAGAGAAGCCAGUUGAAGUUUAUCCAGACACUAACCAUGUAUACGAUGAGAAUUCUGACAAUGCAUCGGAAAUACCUGGACAAAUUAUUCCUUGGGACAAAUUGUACUUCCCUAAGGGAUGUGGAAGGACCCCAGGUGGUGUUCCACCCAAGCCCCGACCCAAGCCAACCCCGCGACCCCCGAAACCCCCAACAGACAGUACUGGACAAAACAGCAAUCCCAACCCUGGAGUGAUUUACCCUGGAGGUCCAGGAUACUAUCCCGGUACUUCAGGAACCCCCGGCUCCCCAGGCUUCCCCGGAUCUCCAGGCACUCCAGGAGGACCUGGUGGACCAGGAGGAGCGGGAGGCGGUUAUUACCCCGGAUCAGGUGCUGGCGGACCAGGUGGACCAAAUGGGCCUAACGGACCAAGUGGCCCAGGGGGGCCGAAUGGACCAAACGGUCCUAGCGGUCCGGGUGGACCUAAUGGCCCUGGAGGACCAAACGGCCCCAAUGGACCGGGUGGACCGGGAGGAUCAGGAGGCGGUUAUUACCCCGGAUCAAGUGGACCAUCAGGUCCAACUGGUGGAGGUGGCUACUACCCAGGAUCACAAGAUGGUGGAUAUUAUCCAGGACAACCAGGCUCGCCUGGCUAUCCAGGAUCUCCAGGCAGUCCAGGUGGGCCAGGUGGACCAGGUGGACCCGGUGGACCAGGUGGACCAAGUGGACCCGAUAGCGGUUAUUACCCAGGUGGUCAAGACGGUGGUUAUCAUCCAAGACCCAGCGGACCAAAUGGACCAGCAGGUGGUGGCUAUUACCCAGGACAACCAGGAAGUCCAGGCUUACCGGGUUCACCGGGAUACCCGGGUGGGCCCGGCGGACCAGGAGGACCAGGCGGCCCAGGAGGACCAGGAUCGAGUAGCCCCGGUCAGGGUGGCUACCGUCCAGGUCAAGGACCAAAUGGUGGAGGCUACCUGCCAGGACAGUCGGGUAAACCAAGCGGACAAGACGGAACAGGAGGACCCAGUGGCCCAAGUGGCCCACCAGGCAGCUAUUAUCCAGGAUCUCCAGGAAGUCCGGGCUUACCCGGCUCGCCAGGAUAUCCAGGUGGUCCUGGUGGUCCUGGGGGACCAGGUGGCCCUGGUGGACCAGGGGGACCAAGUGGCCCAGGGGGGCCAAGUGGAGGAAGCUACUUGCCAGGACAAUCAGGCGGUCAAAAUGGACCAGGAGGUCCCAACGGACAAGGAGGCUCUGGUGGACCUAACGGGCCAGCAGGAGGAGGCUAUUAUCCAGGUCAAUCUGGAGGUCCAGGUUUACCAGGCUCACCAGGAUAUCCUGGUGGUCCCGGAGGCCCUGGGGGACCAGGUGGCCCAGGUGGACCAGGGGGACCAAGUGGACCAGGAGGACCAAGUGGAGGAGGCUACUUGCCAGGACAAUCAGGCGACCAAAAUGGACCUGGGGGUCCCAACGGACAAGGAGGCUCCGGCGGCCCAAGCGGGCCAAUAGGAGGCGACUAUUAUCCAGGUCAACCUGGAAGUCCAGGUUUACCAGGUUCACCAGGUUAUCCAGGUGGACCAGGGGGACCGGGUGGACCAGGUGGACCAGGCGGACCUGGGGGACCAAGUAGUGGUUAUAACCCCGAUUCACAAGGUCAACAAGGCCAGCCAGGACAACCAGGCUAUCCGGGACAACCAGGCCAGCCAGGCAAGCCGGGACAACCAGGCUAUCCAGGACAACCAGGAACACAAGGCCAACCAGGACAACCAGGAACACCAGGCUACCCAGGACAACCGGGUCAACCGGGCACCCCAGGCCAACCAGGACAACCAGGAACACCAGGCCAACCAGGACAACCAGGCUAUCCUGGCCAGCCAGGACAACCAGGCUACCCAGGACAGCCAGGCAACCAAGGGCAACCAGGAACACCAGGAUACCCAAGUCGACCAGGAGGUCCAGGCCAACAAGGCCAACCAGGUCGACCUGGUAAACCAGGCUACCCAGGACAACCGGGAUAUCCAGGACAGCCAGGCCAACCCGGACAACCAGGAUAUCCAGGACAGCCAGGUCAACCAGGCUAUCCAGGCCAACCAGGCACCCCAGAAAAACCAGGCCAACCAGGCUAUCCAGGAGAACCAGGCCAACCAGGCUAUCCAGGCCAACCAGGAAAGCCAGGCCAACCCGGACAACCAGGAACACCAGGCCAACCAGGCACCCCAGGCAAACCAGGCCAACCAGGAACACCAGGUCAGCCCGGAUAUCCGGGACAACCAGGCCAACAAGGCCAACCAGGAGGUCCAGGCCAACCCGGACAACCAGGAUAUCCAGGACAGCCAGGCCAACCCGGGCAACCAGGAUAUCCAGGACAGCCAGGCCAACCAGGCUAUCCAGGUCAACCAGGCCAUCAAGGCCAACCAGGCUAUCCAGGACAACCAGGGCAACCCGGACAACCAGGUCAUCCAGGAAAACCCGGACAACCAGGAACACCAGGCCAACCAGGCACCCCAGGCAAACCAGGCCAACCAGGAAAACCAGGUCAGCCCGGAUAUCCGGGACAACCAGGCCAACAAGGCCAACCAGGAGGUCCAGGCCAACCAGGAGGUCUAGGCCAACCCGGACAACCAGGAUAUCCAGGACAACCAGGCCAACCCGGACAACCAGGCACCCCAGGCAAACCAGGCCAACCAGGAACACCAGGUCAGCCUGGAUAUCCGGGACAACCAGGCCAACAAGGCCAACCAGGCCACCCAGGACAACCAGGCCAACCCGGACAACCAGGAUAUCCAGGACAGCCAGGCGAACCAGGCUAUCCAGGCCAACCCGGACAACCAGGAACACCAGGCCAACCAGGCACCCCAGGACAACCAGGCCAACCAGGAAUACCAGGUCAGCCCGGAUAUCCGGGACAACCAGACCAACAAGGCCAACCAGGAGGUCCAGGCCAACCCGGUGAACCCGGCUAUCCAGGACAACCAGGCCAACCUGGACAACCAGGAUAUCCAGGACAGCCAGGCCAACCAGGCUAUCCAGGCCAACCAGGCACCCCAGGACAACCCGGACAACCAGGAUAUCCAGGACAGCCAGGCCAACCAGGCUAUCCAGGACAACCAGGGCAACCCGGACAACCAGGCCAUCCAGGCAAGCCAGGCCAACCCGGACAACCAGGCUAUCCAGGAGAACCAGGACAACCAGGCUAUCCAGGCCAACCAGGCCAUCAAGGCCAACCAGGCUAUCCAGGACAACCAGGGCAACCCGGACAACCAGGUCAUCCAGGCAAACCAGGCCAACCCGGACAACCAGGACAUCCAGGCCAACAGGGCCAGCCAGGAGGUCCAGGUCAACCCGGCACACCCGGCCAGCCAGCUCAACCAGGUGGUCCAGGACAACCAGGUCAACAAGGCCAGCCAGGACAACCAGGCUAUCCGGGACAACCAGGCCAGCCAGGCAAGCCGGGACAACCAGGCUAUCCAGGACAACCAGGAACACAAGGCCAACCAGGACAACCAGGAACACCAGGCUACCCAGGACAACCGGGUCAACCGGGCACCCCAGGCCAACCAGGACAACCAGGCCAACCAGGACAACCAGGCUAUCCAGGCAAGCCAGGAACACAAGGCCAACCAGGCCAACCAGGAACACCAGGCUACCCAGGACAACCGGGUCAACCAGGCACCCCAGGCCAACCAGGACAACCAGGAACACCAGGCCAACCAGGACAACCAGGCUAUCCAGGCCAGCCAGGACAACCAGGCUACCCAGGACAGCCAGGCACCCCAGGACAACCAGGAACACCAGGAUACCCAAGUCAACCAGGAGGUCCAGGCCAACAAGGCCAACCAGGUCAACCUGGUAAACCGGGCUACCCAGGACAACCGGGUCAACCGGGCACCCCAGGCCAGCCAGGAAAACCAGGACAACCAGGAACACCAGGCCAACCAGGACAACCAGGCUAUCCAGGCCAGCCAGGACAACCAGGCUACCCAGGACAGCCAGGCACCCCAGGACAACCAGGAACACCAGGAUACCCAAGUCAACCAGGAGGUCCAGGCCAACAAGGCCAAACAGGUCAACCUGGUAAACCAGGCUACCCAGGACAACCGGGUCAACCGGGCACCCCAGGCCAGCCAGGACAACCAGGAACACCAGGCCAACCAGGACAACCAGGCUAUCCAGGCCAGCCAGGACAACCAGGCUUCCCAGGACAGCCAGGCACCCCAGGACAACCAGGAACACCAGGCCAACCAGGACAACCAGGAACACCAGGCCAACCAGGACAAGCAGGAACACCAGGAUACCCAAGUCAACCAGGAGGUCCAGGCCAACAAGGCCAACCAGGUCAACCUGGUAAACCAGGCUACCCAGGACAACCCGGUGAACCCGGCUAUCCAGGACAACCGGGUCAACCAGGCACCCAAGGCCAGCCAGGUGAGCCAGGACAACCAGGCUAUCCAGGACAACCAGGCUAUCCAGGACAACCAGGCCAGCCAGGACAACCAGGCACACCCGGCCAGCCAGGACAACCAGGAACACCAGGCCAACAAGGCCAACCCGGACAACCAGGGCAACAUGGGCAACCAGGACAACCAGGCAGCCCAAGUGGGCAAGGACAGCCCGGCCAGCAACAGCCAGGAAAGCCAGGCGGUGGUGAUUCGGUUGGUGAAUCAACUGGAACUGGUGUGCAACCCCCAGUUUAUCCACCGGGGCAAAUGCCUCCGUUCCCAAUGUACGUCAUACCCUAUCCUUUGCCCAUCGUGCCAUAUCCAGGUUCAUGUCCGUGCUACCUCUUGAAUCCAGGAAAUAACAGCAGCAGUACAGCUGUCACCCAGGCGCCCACACAAAGCCCACCCCCAUACUAUUCACCCUAUGGAAUAAUUGGCUUUCUUCCUGUGGUCUUCGUCCCGAGCUGCCCCGGUAAUGUAACUGAUAUGCAAACUGCACAACAGAAUUUCCCCGGAGCUGUGCCAGUACCAUACAAUUGCGCCCAGUGUCAGGCAAGCCGAGAUAUAUAUAGAUAUUUCGGAAGAGUUGGUGGCGCUCGAAGCGUAGAUUUCAAUGACCUUAAAGAAAUAACUUCCCUGCCAGAGUUGGAAAGUUUAUUGAAAAAUGAAAUUAAGGUGCCGAGAAAAAGUCUGCGAAAAAUUAAGGUACACGCUCGCGUUUUAGACGAAAAGAAAGACGAAAAGAAAACUGUAUCGAAAGAGUAAACUAAAAUCGACUGUAUAAAUAUAAGUAGCAUAUUAGUAAUUUAAAAUUUUGGGACCGGCCGAUUCAAUCUUGGACGGUUUCGAAAUUUCGUUGAGUGAUUCAAUUUAUAAUAAAGUGAUACCCAGUAUAUAUUAAUAUUAAUAUUCUAUGGAGAUAGCGAUUGAUUCCUAGUUAAUAAUGAAAAAUAAUACUCGAUGUGAAUUACUCAACUUUUAAUAUUUAUUAAUUUUUAAAUAAAUAUUUAUAAAAUAUUCU